AUGGGUGUAAAGGGUAACACUUGGAGCAACACCACAAAAUGUGGGAUGGACGUGGGGUUGAGUUGUAACCAAGACGGCACAGUCAACACCAUUGAUCUUGAAAGCUCCAAUCUCACUGGAAGCAUCUGCUCCGAUAUAGGCAAGCUCACAACACUCGUUAUAAUCAAUCUGAGCUUCAACACUCUGCGUGGACCCAUUCCCGCCAGCAUUGGUCAGCUGUCGCGCCUGCAGAAGCUCAACCUCGGGAACAACACUCUCACAGGCCCCCUUCCUGCCACUUUCUCUGCGCUCAACAAUCUUACAUACCUGUCCCUCAGCUACAACGGGUUCUCUGGAGUCAUUCUGCCGUCCAUCUCUGGCCUCUCCAGGCUGCAAUACUUCCAGGUGCGCAGAAACUCUUUUCAAGGGAAUAUCUUUUCAGCGCUGGCAUUUCUCAGCAGAUUAACUUUCGUUGACAUAUCGCAGAACAAUUUUGGCGGAACCAUCCCCCCGGAGUUUGGGAACCUGAUUAACUUGCAAAGCGUUGCGCUUUCUCACAAUCGCCUCACAGGGAACCUCCCAGCGACUCUCUCCUCCCUUGGAAGACUCACUCGCAUCGAUUUCACCAACAACACCUUAAAAGGACCCAUCCCCUCUUCCUUUGCCAACCUCACCAAUCUUUACACGCUGUCGUUUCGUCAGAACCAAUUCACAGGGGAGAUUCCAAGUGAACUGGGAAAUCUUACAAAGCUCAUGUACCUGAGCUUCGACAUCAACGAUCUCUCAGGCAUUGUGCCUCCGACUCUUGGGAACCUCGUCCAUCUGACUACCCUGGAGGUGCUGAAUAGUGGGGCCGAGUGCCCCACAGGAGCCGGGCAAUCCUGCGUGGUCAAGCAGAGCGCCUCCUCCCAGUUCUGCUACCAGUGCAACGAGUUCUGCCCCUCCUGCAUCCCCAUCGCUGAACCCGCCCCUCCCUCACCUCCUCCUCCUCCUCCCUCUUCUGGCCUGUCUGUGGGAGCUAUCGUUGGGAUUGCUCUGGCGGGUGUCUUAUUCGCUGCUCUCCUUGCUGGCGGCGUGUGGCUUCUCUGCAAACGAAUGUCCACUGCAGAGUCGUCAAGUGGCGCCAAACCAAGUGAUGGAGCAUCAAGAGGAGGAGGAGCCUCUGUACCAACGCAGUCACUCAUGUGCCAACGCUACCCCUUAGCUGUGGUUGCCACAGCGACGGAUAACUGGGCAGAGGCAAACCACAUUGGGUCGGGCGGGUAUGGGGAGGUGUAUCGGGGGGUGUGUCCAGAUGAUCCCUUGGUGGUGUGGGCUGUGAAGCGAGCCAAGAUUCUCACCAAUGACUUUAAGCGAGAGGUGGAGGAGAUGGCAUCAAAGAGCCAUCCGCACUUGGUGCGGCUGCUGGGGUACUGUGUGGACAUGGAUAUGACCACAGAGCACUACGAACAAAUUGUCAUCUACGAGUUUUGCUCCAACGGAGACCUCGAGAAGUACCUUAGUGGAGGUAGGAGGGGAAAGAGGAGGAGGGGGAAGGAAAGGGGAUGUGAUGGUCGAGUGCGGUUGGGGAGUCAACGUGCUGCUUGA